GCCGAGAAUCACUGUUUUUUUUUAACUAAAAGGUAACUGCUAACCUUGGAUUUCAGCAGCGGUUUCUCUGACGAUACGCAGGAUGAGGAGCCACUGACACUCCCAGGAGUACGGUUUGACUCUCCAGACGGAUAAAAAACAACAGUGCCCUCUUAGCAUUUUUAAACGUUUCUCCUACGCCCCCCCAAUUUAGCCUGCUAGUUAGCUAACCCGCUAGCUCAUAGCGCUGCACAGCACAGCGCUGGUCUCCUCCUCCUUCUCCUCUUGGCUGCUUCUCAUCUUUCCCUCAAGAGCUGUGCGACAGCCGAAGACAGGACCUCGUCGACAAAGGCAAAACAAAAAGAAGAAGAGGGUGAGCUCACUCCCAACAAACAGGCAUCCGUGAUCUGAUGUGAGAUCCACGGAGAGACUAUGCCUAGCCCUUUAUUCCACCCCGAGAUUAUGGACCACGACGUGGUGAUCAGCAGCCAGCACAACGGGGUCGGUCUGCCCCGAGAGACAGACCAAGAGUCCCGGGAAGAGGACCACCAAGAGGCGCUCCGCUUCGCCCUGGACCAGCUGUCACUCAUGGCUCUGGAGAAAGUGGACUGUGGGGGCGGCGGUGGUAGCGGAGGCGGCGGGCUGGCCGACACUCUGGAUGGGACCCAGGGUCCGGGUUCUGAGAGCUGCAACGGUGUGGGUGGAGGGGGCUACGUGGACCUACAGAUGCUGGAGCAUCCCGGUGGGUCACGGGACUCUCCGACGUCCUGCUCUCCAUCCCCGGAGUACUACGGCUCGGGCGGGUACCACAUGACCGGCUCACACUCCAUGCUCCACGGGGAACAAAGCUCCGUCCUCUGCAGCAGGAAAAGAAGUGUCAACAUGACUGAAUGUGUGCCUGUCCCCAGCUCUGAACAUGUGGCUGAAAUAGUGGGGAGACAAGGCUGUAAGAUCAAGGCCUUGCGUGCCAAAACAAACACCUAUAUAAAGACUCCAGUGAGGGGUGAGGAUCCCGUUUUUAUCGUGACAGGACGCAGGGAAGAUGUGGAGAUGGCCAAACGUGAAAUUGUCUCUGCAGCUGAGCAUUUCUCUAUGAUCCGGGCAUCCCGCUGCAAAGCUGGAGGACCUGGAGGAGGAGGCUCUCUUCCUGGACCUCCACACCUACCUGGACAGACCACCAUACAGGUGAGAGUGCCCUACAGAGUAGUCGGUUUGGUUGUUGGACCAAAGGGAGCAACUAUUAAGCGCAUCCAGCAGCAGACUCACACCUACAUCGUGACGCCCAGUCGAGAGAAAGACCCCGUGUUCGAGGUGACCGGGAUGCCGGAAAAUGUGGACAGAGCGAGAGAGGAGAUCGAGACUCACAUCACCCUGCGAACUGGAACCUUUGUAGACCUGCAGGGAGACAAUGACUUCCACACCAACGGCACUGAUGUCAGUCUGGAAGGCCUUGGCGCUCUCAGCGGAGGGCUGGGGGCGUCUCUGUGGUCCAGGGCUACCAACCACCAUUCUGCCCCCCCUCCUCCCCCGCCCUCCCCCCCUCCUUCAAUUCCCAUGUCCAUGCACCACUCCUCCAGCCGGAAGAUGUCUUCCUCAGUUGCCUAUCACACGCACAACGGUGGGAUGAGCUCAGACAACUUCAGCACCACCCGCAAAGCCAACGAGGGAGGCAGUCCCACAAGCCCUUUUAGCACAGGCUCCAGCAGCGCUGGAGGAGGAUUCACUUUUGGGGGCGACUCCACUCCAGGACUGCCGUCCUCAGAUGAACUGGGCUUUGAGUUCAGUGCUUCCAACAUCUGGGCGCCUUUCAUCAAUGGUGGAACAGGCAAUAAGACAGCUGGCUCCUCCCAGCAGCAGCCUCUACGCCGCAACAGCAGUGGCCUCAGCGGUGGCGCCAUCACUCCACGAUUGUCUCCAACUCUGCCUCAGGACACAGGCGUGGGCCCUCUGGAUCACCCACUAGCCCGUCGUGCACAGAGCGACCCCCUCAGCACUCUCUCCUGGCUACAGUCCGGCAGCGCAGGAGGUGGCUCCUUCUCUGGAGCAUCUAGCUCCAGCUCCGGCGGCUCGUCAACCGGUUACUCCUCCUGCUCAGCCUCCUCCCUGCCCGGUGGCUCUCCCACUGACUCCGAGGGAGGCAGCAGUGGCGUGGGCCUCAGCUCUGGGAUGCUGAGCCGACUGAAAGGCAACUCCGGCCCUGGCGUCGCGGGUCUAGUCGGCGUCGGCCCUGGGGUCAACAGGGACUGCUUUGUGUGUUUCGAAAGCGAGGUGACAGCAGCCCUGGUGCCUUGCGGCCACAACCUGUUCUGCAUGGAGUGCGCUGGGCAGAUCUGCCAGUCAGCUGAGCCAGAGUGCCCCGUCUGCCACACCCCCACCACACAGUGCAUCCGCAUCUUCUCCUAAUGCCCCGGGCAGGUGUGCAGGAUGGGGGGUAAAACAUGAGAGUAGGGGGAAGGAGGACUAGAGUGGGGGCACCAGCUGUGGUGGAGGUGAUGGAAAGAUUCACACUAAUAACCUUCACACAUACACACACACGAUGGACCAUAAUAAAUACAUUAAUAGAGAUGAUGAUACUAUACGGAUGUUGAUUUAUUGCUGAUAACUGUCAAGAUGAAUAAUAACAAUAAUAAUAAUAAUAAUGACAAUGACUUAUUUUCAGAGUGAAGUUAAUUGAAACUGGUCUGUAGACAGUUGGGGCUCAGACAGUCUCUCGGUGGUGAACUCAUGGAAGGAAACUAGUGUCUUAUCUCUCUUCAGGCCUUCAUUUUGACCCGGAGCAGCCUGCACCGCUGGCCCGUCGGUCUGUCUCGACAUUUCUUCAUUCUGGCUUCUUCAGAUCUUUGCCUGCUUUCUCUCUCUCUCUCUCCUUCACAGCCUUUCCUUUUGACACUUUUGUACUUAACAGAUAUUUUUCGACGAAGCCGUCAGCGAGGCCUGCACUUUUCUACUCCUUGUUUUAAUGUUCUCGACAGGACGCAAACUGUUCCAACAGACCCCUUUGCUCCUCUCCUCUGCUCUCACUCAUGCUGUUGUUUGUGACAUGAAGCGGCGGGGUUGCUAUUUUUCUGUACGCUUUGGAACUUUUUUAAAGGUUGGCAUGUAGUCAGGCACCUAGCAGAACAAUACACCCGAGGGACCUCUUAAGGAUGAAUUCCUGUUUCUCGUUGCCACAGAAGAAAAAGUAGCCAUCAGUAAUGCCAAAUGAAUGCUAUUAAUAGACGUCUCGUAAUUCUUGGAUCAAACUCAAUAACACGUUGGAUGAAUUUGGAUGAGUCUGCCCCACGUUGCAAAUGUGGCUGCUGCAUUGAUUCACAUUAAUUAUCCUUUAAUAAGUCAGAAACGUACCAUUAGUGAUACUGAAGGAAUGUGUCUGAGGUCUGUACGUUUGGGCUGCCUGACAAUCCCUUUACAUCUCUCUUAUCUUGCGUGCGUGCGUGUGUGUGAAAACAGUGGCCACUCAUGCUGUCCUUCACAUCGCCAUCAUUAUUACGUGUCCUCACCACGAGGUGGUCUGGUUUCUGUCCUGCUGCCCCUCUCCUUUACUUCGCUCUCAGUCUUAUAGGAAGGUGAUGCUCUGAUCCAUCCACACCAGGAUGUUUCCCUCUCAUAUCCAUCUCUGUUACACUUAGAUCGACUCAUUUAGUGUUUUCUACUAGUUUUUGACUCUUGACUGUCGAGUGUGUGGCCUACAGACAUAUUUUGAACUCUAGGAUAAGAUAGGGCUUUUCUGAUGUCACACGUGAAUGUUUUGUCCAAUAAGGUUAAGGAGAGAUGUCGGCUCCUCCCACAUGAAACAAUAACAAGGGGCUUGAUUGAAGCAUUUUUUUUCCCAUGCACUGUAACCCCCCCCCCCCAAAGCCCCUCUAAAAAAUAUAAAAAGAAAAAAAAAAAACAAGAAAAAAAAAAACAAGAGACAGCUCUUACUGUUUUUGUUAAGUUUUGGUCUUCCACCCCACUCUCACAGCAAAGCUGUAUGGCACUCUCUCAGAUGACACACUGUCAUACCCAUAUAGCGCUGUACUCUUGGCCAAAUAUAGUGCACUAUAUGGUUAGUUGUUUGCGAUUUGUCCUAUGUUUCAUAGCAUUACUGAGUAACUCCCAGUGAGGCGGUUGCAUCCUGUUUUCGUGUUUGUGUUUUUUUUUGUUCUGUUUUUUAAAGAGUUUGCAGUAACUGCCUCCUAUAGUGUUAAUACUGUACGGAUGAUCGGGGCGGUGUCGGUGUCGGUGUCGAUGGUGCACGGUUGCCGCUCGUGGCCCUUUUGAACGUAAUAUGGAAUCCUGCUCAUAGAAUGAGACAAGUCAUGACAACUGAAAUAAAACGACACACCUAAUUCUCAAGGGCUUCCUCUGACUGCACAGACACAUGAUCACAUUUUUCAGGCUCACACAGUAGGAAAGAAUCAACUUAUCCUUUAUGGCAGCUAGUAGCUAGGUCAUCCAGGGCUUCCAGACACUCUUUGUGUUCAAAUCCCAGCAGCUGCAGAAUGUUUUGCUCGUUGUUAUGAAUUAGUUUCUUUUGUUGUUGUUUUUUUAAAAAUUGUCCCCCACACAGUCAUCACCUGUUGGUAGAGCAUUGCAGUUGCAGUGUGUCCUCCCUGGAUGUAGUCACAGAUCAGGAUGUGUUGUGGGGGUUUUUUUAAUAUCAAGGAAUAAAGGGUAGCUCUUCUUGAGUAAAUAAUUGGUGAAAAUGGGCAGUUGCUGCUGUGCUUUGGUGCUCCAGCCAGUGUAACCUUCAACUUAUUUGCUGUCUUGACUGUUUGUUGUUUGGUACUUGGGUGACGGAGGGCAGUAGGAAUCUAAUCUAACCAGCUGUCCUGGUUGAGCGCAGCAGUGCACUGAUUCAUGUGUCCACACAUGUGAGGGGGCGAAAAAAAAAACUACCCAGGAUUUGAACUGGUAGCCUUUCUGAAGGCUAACCCAUGGUGCUUUGGUACAACUCCAUAUUGACACGCAGUGACAAACGAACCCAGUCAUUAGCGGGAGGGGCCAUUUAGUUCUCAGACGAAAACUCCCGCAGUGCACCGCUCACCUGGCAGCCCUGUUCUCAUUCUCGUUGGAACCGGUGUAAUCCCAUCCCCUUGUCGAGCUCCGGUGUCAAGCGUCGCAUUUUCGUCUCUCACUCGUUCACACGAUGCACAGAUGCAGGGCUAUGAAUGUGUCUGAGUGAACCAGAUCAGCCGCGACUGCUGUGUGAGUCUGUUCAGGCCAACCUUAAAGCCCAUCUUCAAACUGUCCCAAGUUUGAUAUGUUAAAGAAAUAAAAUGUGUUGUAUUUUGCCAGAUGGGUCUAAUGUCAGUCCCGGUGCUGCGCCGGGAUGUUUCUGGCCUGUGAGAGAAUGUUAGGGUGUUAUGUACAGUAGUUUAAUUGUUUAAAAAGGUACCAUUUUUUUCAGAUUGACUGCUGAUUUUUAUUUUUAUUUUUUUUAGCCAAACUUAAUCCCUCCCCCAUUUCCUUCCUAAAGGUUUGAAAACAGGGUUUCCUGAGGCAUGCUAGCCAGUGACCUCUGACCUUUUUUUUCCGUGAUUAGAGGGGGGAUGCAAAGAGAGCCACGCCAGUAAGGGGUGAUAGACUCCCCUCAAGCCUCCGCUCCUAUUUUUGCUUUAAUUCUCUUUGUAUGCAGAACCAAAAUGUAAAACGUCAGCAAACUAGGCUUCAGUCCUGACCUGUGUGUGUAAAUACCCUGAAUACAAUCAUUGGGAUCUUGUUUUCAAAAGCAAAAUGACUUAAUUGAAGAUAAGUGUAGUUUCUAAAGAACAUGUAUCAUUAUUUGUAAGUUAACCAUCUGCAUGUCUUCAAGCCACCCGGCAUUAGCUAAUAAUUUUUAAGAUUAAAAAAAAAGAAAGAAAAAAAAACUUUUUACACAUUUUAUUUUUUACGAUUUAUUUGCUUACCUAAAUAUCCCAGACAAUAAUGUGACCCUUUUUAUUACUUCAAAUUUAUUUUUAUUUUCCAUUUUUUAUUUUCCUUAUUUCCUGUGUACUACAUAUAGGCAAUUUAUAACAAAAUGAGAAAACUAUUGAAGAAAUUUUAAAAUUGAAAUAUAUUUUAUUUGAAAGUUUAUGGACCUUUUAACCGUGACCCGGGAAAAUUGUAUAAUCAUAUAAUUUGAGCUGACUUGACGGUUAUGAGAAAUGUAUCAAGAGUUUUAUUUUUUAUGCUUCUUUAAUAAAGUCUUGUUUUUGGUUUCAUUUUUUUACUGUAAAA